AUGGCGACUGAACUGAAUGCCCGGAAGAGACCGGCAAGAAAAACGGCUCGAAAAUUCAGUUUAAACACUGAAAAUGAACUGAAAGCUCGUAUAAGACAGAUUGGGUUAAUAAUGAAGAAGUCAAUAGAUGACAGAACCGACAUUGAACAGUCAAUUAUGAAAGAAUCCCCCGACAUUGUUGAAGAAAUUGAAAGGAGGGCCAGAUACAGAGAUGAACGACUGAAAAAAUUGGAAGAGGUUGAAGAUCCUCCAGCAGAGCUUCUUGCCAAAGUCGCAUUGUUAGCUGAAGCCAUUAAACAUGCCAAACAUGUAGUUCUUUACACUGGUGCUGGCAUAAGUACAGCUGCAUCCAUUCCUGACUAUAGAGGGCCUAAUGGUGUAUGGACAUUGUUACAGAAAGGAAAACCUCUGGAAAAGACUAAUUCUUUGGUAGAUGCUGAACCAACCCUCACACACAUGGCUAUUUCGACACUUCAUAAAGUCAAUCAUGUGAAACAUGUAGUGUCUCAAAACUGUGAUGGUUUACAUUUACGGAGUGGUUUACCAAGGAGUGCACUGUCUGAAGUUCAUGGCAACAUGUAUAUUGAGGUGUGCACAGAGUGUGAUAGAGAGUAUAUUCGGUUAUUUGAUGUGACAGAGAAGAGUUCAUUUCGUCGCCACACUACUGAUAGAUACUGCACAGAAUGUAAUUCGCCACUCAGGGAUUCAAUAGUACACUUUGGUGAGAAGGGUAAUCUGGAACAACCUCUCAACUGGGAGGAAGCCGCUGAAGCUGCAAAGCAAGCUGAUUUGAUACUUUGUCUUGGAUCUAGUCUUAAGAUACUGAGAAAAUAUCCUUGUUUAUGGGGUAUGCAUAGAAUGCCACAUAAGCGUCCAAAAUUAUACAUUAUAAAUUUACAGUGGACGCCAAAAGAUGACCUUUCAACUUUGAAGAUUAAUGGCAAAUGUGAUGAUGUCAUGAAGCUGGUUAUGGAAAAGUUAGGGUUAGAGAUACCUCAAUAUAAAAGAGAUGGAGAUCCUAUAUUUGAGUUGGCGACACCAGUACCUGUAGACGAGCUACAAACAAUGAUGACAAAACACCUUGUGAGAAUCUUCCCACAUUCCAACAUUGAUAUGAAACCAGUAUUAAAUGAAAAUGGCAAAAUGGUGAAAAUAGAACCAGAAGUGUACAAGACAGUUCCAGGCUGGUUUGGCAAAGGUUGUGCUAAAAGAAUAUCAAAGAAAAGAAAGAGACUAAAAUCUGCAUAG